UCAUGUGACCAAGCCAAGAUGGCGUCGCCCAGCUGCUUGUGGCUGCUGGCUGUGACUUUCCUGCCCUGGUCUUGCGCCGCCUGGGCGCUUGGGCAUGUCGCCCCUUCGGCGCCGCUGCCGCUGGUGAUCUGGCACGGGAUGGGAGACAGCUGUUGUAAUCCUUUAAGCAUGGGUGCUAUUAAGAAAAUGGUUGAGAAGAAAAUACCUGGAAUUUAUGUCUUAUCCUUAGAGAUUGGGAAGACACUGCUAGAGGACAUGGAGAACAGCUUCUUCUUGAAUGUCAACUCCCAAGUUGCAACAGCGUGUCAGAUUCUCGCCAAGGAUCCCAAGUUGCAGAAAGGAUACAAUGCCAUGGGCUUCUCCCAGGGAGGCCAGUUUUUGAGAGCAGUGGCACAGAGAUGCCCAUCACCUCACAUGAACAAUCUCAUCUCUGUUGGUGGACAACAUCAAGGUGUCUUUGGACUCCCACGGUGCCCAGGAGAGAGCUCUCACAUCUGUGACUGGAUCAGAAAGGUGCUGAAUGCUGGGGCGUACUCCAAAGCUGUACAGGAACGCCUGGUGCAGGCAGAAUAUUGGCAUGACCCCAUCAAGGAGGACGUGUACCGCAACCACAGUGUCUUCUUGGCAGACAUCAAUCAGGAGAGGGGGGUCAACGAGUCCUACAAGAAAAACCUGAUGGCCCUGAACAAGUUCGUGAUGGUGAAAUUCCUCAAUGACUCCGUUGUGGACCCUGUAGAAUCUGAGUGGUUCGGCUUUUAUAGAAGUGGGCAGGCCAAGGAAACCAUUCCCUUACAAGAGACCACCCUGUACACACAGGACCGCCUGGGGCUAAAGCAAAUGGACAAGGCUGGAAAGCUGGUGUUUCUGGCUACUGAAGGGGACCAUCUCCAACUAUCUGAAGAAUGGUUUUAUGCUCACAUCAUACCCUUCCUUGAGUGAAACCGCUGCUGAGCUCUGGCAUCCCUGGCUCUUCCAGACCACCUGGGGGAGUUCCCUUCACAUCUGAGCUCAGAGCCUGCUUGCAACUAACCCUUCUCACCUGUCUUCCAAUGUGCCCUGCUUGGAAAGAUCAAGAUGCGAACCUUAUCCUUUGUGGCCUCCUAUCACCAUAUGGUGUUGAAUGAAGGUUUCAUUAGUUAAUAACCAUGGGGAUUGCUUUACAACCGUCUUGAUGUGUUCAGGCUGUCUUGAAAGGGAGUUGCGCUAUAGCUCAGUGCUGAUGCUGACACUGAGCCCACUCUAUCCCCGGAGACAGACUGUGAGGGCAAACAUCCUUUAUCAGUAGAGUCUUACCAAGCUUCAUACAAAGCAAAAGCUGGUACCCAGGCCAGAGCACCCACACGCCACAGAUGCUUUUUCAGUUCUGCUGGUAGGCUAGUGCCUAGAUAAUGUUUUUGCAUCAUGUGGUAAGGCUAGACAAACUCCCUCCAUCCAGCAGCUUGCUUCUGCAGUACUCCCUUUGUCUCCUCAGGCAGAAAUUAGCUGCUCUGUUGCAAAAGCAUGGAAGCAACACCCAUUUGGGUUGCUUAAAAGAGGAAGUGUACUUCUUGCCUCACCUAAGAUGGGAAGGGGGCUGUGCACAAAGAAAGCACGGACUGAAGGUUAAACUGAGGCAGCUGGUUCUUGCCCCGCCAUGCCUGACUAACCUGCCCUGCCCUGUGGACUUGUGUUCCGGAUGCCCUGGCUUCCUCCGAGAACGGGAGGAACAACAGGACGAGUUCCUUCUGUGUAACCUCUGACCCACCGCCAGGGAGCCGAGAUGGCAUUGCCCAGCGCACUCCCGAGCUGUCAGAGAAGGGCUCUGUAGUCACAAAGCUGGACAGCAGGGCAAUCCCUUUCUCGGCUGAGGCUAGCCCACAUGAGAGAAGUUCUGUUAGAGAAAACUGACACUGGCCUGUGUUUCUCACACCACUCGAGCCUGGGGAUCCUAGGCUGCACUGUGCAGAAACUGAGCAACACUGAGGAGUUCUGUUUAGAGAAACACAUAGCUCCGCUCUGAAGCAGCACCUGCCAGUACUGCAGGGCUUACCCUGUGGGACUCCCCCCACCCCUUAGGGCCUUCUUCACAGUGAUGAAGAUAACGGCAAGAAGUGGAAGGAUAUGAAAAUUUAUGAGGUUGUCUAAAA